UAGUAAUCAGGUGAGUACAAGCAAGAGAACGUCCGCAUAAUGGACACGGAAGACCUGCCGCCGCUGACACUGGACCGCAUGUUCGUGAGGAUGCCUCAGAGCAAGGCCGGCUGCUCCUUCUGCCAGUACUNGGAGCUAAGCGACUCUAGGACUGAGGAUGAGAUCAAGGAAGCAGUGAACAAGGCGUGCGACCGCUUGCCGAAGUCCAUCGAUGGGGAAUGCCGCACCUUCGUCACCAACUACGGACCCGCCGUCAUCGCUCUGCUGGUGCAAGAGAUUGACCCGGCUAGUGUAUGCCCAGCGCUGGGCCUGUGCGAACAGACUCAAGAAGUGAGGAAAGUGUCCAUCAACUUUGAGAAGUCCAACUGCCCGCUGUGCCUGUUCGCUGUCGAACAACUCGAGACCAUGCUGAAGAACAACCGCACUGAGGAGAACAUCCGCCACGCUCUAGACAAUCUCUGCACCCACCUGUCAACCAAACUUCAAACUGAGUGCGUGGACUUCGUGGAUGCUUACACCAACCAACUGGUGGAGAUGCUGGUCGCUAACAUGGACGCUCAAGAAGUCUGCGUCUACCUUAAGCUGUGCACGGACACAUCGAUUAAAACCGAUCCAUUAAAGAUCACUCACUCGAGCAUCGACAAAUUCCACGACAAUCCGCAACUGAAUGCCGACAGGAACAACAGGAAGAAGUCUAUGCUACCCGCACACAUGCUCGUGAAUGGCGAUAUCGAAACGAACGAAAUUCCCGACGACACCGUAAACGGUCGGCCCAUCAACAAGGUGUCGCAGAAGACCGUGUGUGUCGUCUGCGAGUUCGUCAUGAAGGAGAUCGACGAGCAGAUCAAGGAUAAACACAACGAGGAUGAAAUCAAGAAGAUAGUUCACGGCGUGUGCCGCCACAUGCCCAAGUCGGUGCGCGCCGAGUGCGACCAGUUCGUGGAGAAAUACGCCGACCUCGUCAUCAGCCUGCUGGCCCAGGAGCUCGAACCCGACCAGGUGUGCCAGCAGCUCAAGCUCUGCGACCCGCAGAUCAUAGCACUGGAUGGAAUCAGAGAAGAGAUCCUGGACUGCGCCGUAUGCGAGACGGUGGUGUUGGCCGUCAAGAAAGUGCUCAACAACGAUAAAGUGGACCGCAACAUCGUGCACAUCGUCGAGAAGUCCUGCGCCCUGCUGCCGGCCAAGUACUACGACAGGUGCCACACCAUGAUGGAGAUAUACGGAGACAGCGUGAUCCACCUGAUCGAAACCAUGGGCGUCAAGGGUGUGUGCCAAAAGAUCGGGCUCUGCAGCGCUUCGGAGGCCUUCGUCGUCGAUAUGCAUAAGGGCAACCAUUGAUUGGAUAAGCAGGUCGAACAAUCUUCGUGAGAUUGUAGCCGCAUUAGUAAUCUCCAUUUUAAUAUUAUUAUGUAAGUCAUGAUUUUUUUACCAAAACCAUGUAGAAUUAAGUUUGGUUUGUUUCAAGAGAAGUAUUGUGACUUUUUCUUUCAUGUACUUUCUUUUUCGUAGUUUCCUUAUUUUACGCUAAGUAUUUUUUUAUUAAUCGUGGAUUUAUUGGAGACUAAAAUUCAAUUAGCCCCUAUUUUUAUAAAAUGUGUGUAAAUUUUUAAAUCCAAAAGUGUACUUAUGUUUUAUGCGUACAAUAAUAGCUUCAUCAAGUUAAAAUAAUAUCAUCUUAACGUAAAGUUGGCUCAUAAUACAUUAUAAUGUCAUAUCGUAAUAAUAUGAAUAACCGCAGAUUAUAGCUAACAAUAUUUUAUUG